AAGAGGAGCACUUACAUUAUUGGACAGAUUCUUCUACAGCGCAGUGGACAAGUGCCUGAUACAGAUAGACUUGGAUCUUGUUCGUGCUAUGUACACACCUAUCUAUUGAAAACUGCAUUUCUGUAUGAACUGGCAAGAGUUCCAGCGGACGAAGAAUGGGAGAGAGGUAACGUCGUCACGAGGUUGUUGCAAAUAUUUGAACUCUUAAAGAAGAACAUCAAAUCUGGAUGUGUGAAUUCCUUCUUCUUCAAGGAAUACAAUCUUGUUGUCACUGAGAACACCGUAACCGAGAUAAAAGGUAGAAUUUGGAUUAUAGAUGCAAUACUGUUGUUUCUUUCUGGCAAAUAUGACUUGCAGCUGGAACAAAACGAUCCCCGGAGUAUUGAAAAGAUGCUACAAGAUCAAAGACCAGAGUCUAUCUCCACCAGGGAGGUGAAUAAGUCACAAAGGCAAGAAUUGUCCAGCUCUUAG